GCAAGAGCUCCGCCUGGCAGAUGUUUUGCCGCCGCCGCCGCUGUCGGAGGCCCUCCCCGGCUGUGGCGAUUGCGAGGCUGGGGCGUCGCUUGCGCCCAGGCCGCCGCCUGGCCGCGAGGGCGGAGGAAAUCCUCGCCCCAGCCAUGGUUGGGCGCAGGACUUCGAGCUGGCCACAAUCAACGGUUCGACCUGGGCCGCCAGCAAGGACGCCCUCGAGUGGCUGUCGGACAAGGGCCGGCGGCCCCACAUCGCGAUGAUCCAGGAGACCAGGUUUACCAACCGGGAUGCCGUGUCCUUUGCCUUCUCCUACGCCGCGCGGGGUGGUUGGCAGGGGGCCUUCAGCAAGGUGGCGUCAACGGGCCCUUCUGCGCAGGCGGUCUCGUCUGGCGUCGGCCUAUUGGUCGACAAGGCGUUCGGGAUGCAGCAACCGCCUGUGGAGCCGCCAGGUCCGUCACCCCGGGCUAUUGCCCGCCAGGUGAAUGUCUGCAACGGCCUCCCUCUGAUGGUGGUUUCCAUUUAUUUGGAGCACACAAUCGGCGUUGUCGACGGCAACCUUGAGAUACUCACGGACUUGUUGGAGUGGUUGCUGCAGCAGCCGCUGCCGACCCCCUACAUCAUGGUCCAGCGGCCUCUGCUCACCUUCCCGCUGAAGGCCGAGUGGGAUGAUGCUGAUGUUGAGCGCAGCCAGGUUCUCGCUCAACAGGUGCAUUGGGCUGUCUCUCUGGACAUCGGCGGCUCGACGGAGGCGGCUGCCAAGGAGUGGUUCGACAGAGCUGAGGCGGUGUUAUGCGUGCGCAAUGGCCGCGACAUCCCCGCUUCGGGCUCACGGAGCCGCGGCUCCAGGCGAGUCCGAGUGCCGGCGCUUGCGCAUCAUCAGCGCCAGCAGAAGUCGCGCCUCAGCCCUGCUACGCAGGCUUGGUGGUCGCUCGGCAAGCUGGGCAGGGCCCUCUGGGCGCAGAGCGGGUUGUACAGCACCCACAAGCGAGACCACUACAUUGCAGUAUUGUGUGGGAAGCUUGCCGAUGUCCGGCACGACAUUCACGGGCUUGGCCACGUGCUCCUUGAUGGCGGGCAGCUGGCGGUGCUCAUAGAGCAGCUUCGGCGGCAGACAUCGCAAGGCGAAUGGAUGCUCGCAGCUAUUGAGGCCAAGCGAGUGGCGCUCAUGAAGGAGGACGCGAAGGCCAGCAAGCGGCGUCGGCGUGACUUUGUCCAGGAGGCGCUGGCAGGCGGGGCCCGCGGCGCUCACGCUGUCAUCCGGGCAAGCCCUGGCGAAGUUGCCCCGGAGCUUGAUGACAGCGCCGUCUGCCCGCAAGCCUUGGUAGGCCAGGAGGCUCUGGAGUCGGUACUCAAAGGGUGGCCCCCGCUCUGGGCCUCUCAGGUCGCCGUGGUGAAGGUGCCAGCCCACUGCAGCGAGAAGCACGUUCGCGAAGGCCUCCUGACCUCGCGGCAGCUCGAUGGCAACAGGCGGGCGGACCUGCUCGCGAAGCGUGGGGCUGCACUUGGUGCGGGCUCUAUCUGCGACGUGGAGCUCCUGGAGGGCUAUUGCGACCAGAUCAAGGAGGUGGCACGCUGCUCAGCCCAGGUCUGCCAGUACCUGUCCGAGCACAGUUUGCGGGACACUCGCGGCCUCCAGCAGCUGAGCACGGUGGAGCUGGAGCCCAUCCCUUCGCUGCAGCUUGCCAUCCAGAGGGCUGCCGAGGAGGAGGCUGGCGCGGCGGCUGCCAGCGCGGCAGCUAGCAGCAGCCCGGCGGCGGCGGCGGUGCAGCCUCUGGCGCAGACUCUUUUUGGUCUUGCGGCGGCUGGUGCUGCCAGUCCGUGGAGGGUCAACGGCCACCAGCUGAUGGUGGCCCCCUUGGAGAAUAGCCCGGGCGAGGUGAUGGUUUGCACCAGUUGCUCCUUGUUUGCGCGUGCGCCUGGCAUGGCACGUGGCCUCAAGAAAGAUUGUCACCCUGAGACGGUUUUGAAAGGCUCGCGGCUGCAAGCCAGGAGCGACAUUAUGCAGGGCCGGCUCCCGUCAUCGGACAAGGGCUACGCGAAGGUGCCCAUCGGUUCGCUGGCUGCGCCUUCUGUGGAAGCGAGGGCACGCUGGGCUACGGCGCUUGGGCGCGGGCAGUCCAGCCUUGGCCGGGGUGGCGCCUCUGCGCCGCCUGAGCGCGCAGCUGCGGCCGCAGUUGGCCCCAGUCAGCCGCCAGUGCCGCAGCCGGGCGCUGUGGGCAUGAGGCCCGUUGGGGUCGCGGGCGCCGCGGCGGAGGCGGCCCCGGAACAGGUGGCCUUCGGCGCAGGGCCGCCCUGCAUUGCUGCCUUGCUGGCGGCGGCUGGCUUUGCCGAUCGGGCGGAGGCCGCGCAGCGCGGGCGUGCUGUCAUGGCGUGGCGUGCGGCCGCCCGG